AUGCAGAUGGAAGAAGAUCAUAAAGUGAGUGAUUACUUCUCAAAACUAACAGCCAUUGUCAACCAAAUGAAAACUUGUGGGGAGAACAUUACAGGUCAGAUGGUAGCAGAAAAGGUGGUGAGAUCUUUAAGAACAAAGUUUGAUUUCAUAGUUAUAGCUAUCCAAGAAGAAAAGGAUGUGAGAACUGUGAAAAUCGAAGAAUUGCAAAAUUCACUGGAAGCACAUGAGCUCCUGGUGUUUGAUAGAAGCUCUGAAAGAUUAGUUCAACAAGCACUCCAAGUUCAAACUUUCAAGAAAGAAGGAAAUCAUAAGAUUUUCAAGAAGAAGGGAAAGAGCAUAGCAGAUUGGUCCAACAAUGGGAAGAACAAGUGUGUAGACAAAGCUGGAUCUUCAAGGAGAGGAUGCUUUGGCAGAGGUCAAAACAAGAAGAGAGGGUUUGACAAAAGUAAAGUGCAAUGCUUUAACUGUGAGAAACAUGGGCAUUUUGCUGAUGAAUGUUGGUUCAAGAAAGAUCAAAAAAUUGAUAAAGAAGCAAAUCUGGCUCAUGAAGAGGACUCCAUCAUAGCGUUGUUAAUGGCUACUACCAGUGAUGAAAAAAAAUAA